AUGCCCAGCGAGCUACUCGCCGACGACAAGCGAUGGCCGCCGUUCCAGCUGCGCGACGAGGGCUUGCACGGCAACUACGCACUCCCCUCGCCUUCGCACGCCCCUCCUCCCAUUUUGCCGCGCUCGACGCCGCCCUCCAGGCCAAUUCUCUCGCUGGCCCUUCCCCGUCGCCGCGCGGACCUCUGUUGGGCCACCAAGGUCGGCGCACACUCUCCCAUCGCGUCUACCUCGUCGACCCUGCCACCCUCCAUCACCCACACCUCUGCCGUUGCCGCCGCCGACUCUCUCGCCGGCACUCCCCCUCUCACUCCCCCCCUCGAUGCCGCACCAGCCAAGAUUCCCGAUCCUGCGAAGCACGACCCUGACACUGAACUCCUCGGAUACCUUGCACGGCUCGUCAUGCGGGACAGCAAGCUUCAGCGGGCGUACAACCACAUCAACCUCAUGCUGAACGAGAUCCAGCUCGCGACAAACGCCCCGCCCGUGCCCGCACUCAAGAAGGCGCUCGAGACGGUCAGCCCAAUGGUCAGGCUCGUGGCGAGGCGGAAGGGAUUGAAGCAGGUCAUGACGCCGCAAGCGUUGACGGACAAGCAGCGGACGAGGCAGGCAUGGAAGUGGAUUGUCGCUGCGAGCGACAAGCGGUCAGCGGAGAAGGAGUACAAAUUUGGGAGGAGGCUUGCACUCGAGGUGAUGUCGGUUCUCGCGGGGCAAAGCGAGGCCAUCAAAAACUACACCUCGAUGCACCAGCAGGCCGUCGUCAACCGUGCCAUCGCCCGGUAG